AUGGACGACCACAUCGGCUCCGUCAAGCUUCCUCUGGACAGCGCAUGUGUCACUGCAGCCGUCGCCCGGUCCGUCGGAGCUGCUGAAGGCGCAACCGUGCCGCACGUCGCCAGCUCCUCAUCCUGCGAGCAGCCCGAUAUUGACGGGUGCCGUUGCCGCCUACGACUGCCCAUCCAGGCCGCGCCGGGCGUGCCCGCUGCAGCUGGCCAUUUGCUUCUGGAGCUGCGUUGUCGUGCUGCCUGCUGCGAGUCAUCUCCGUCCUCCUCAUCAUCAUCAUCAUCGUCAUCAUCCCCCCGAGUGAUGCUGCACCGCGGCCCGGUGCGCUACCGUAUCUCGAUGUCCGCGUUGGCAGGUGCCCUCACGGGGCACAACCAGGACGAUGGCUUGCUGGCGUUCGCGGCCUACAAGGUCAAUCUGGCGGGCCUGUCCUUGUUCUUUCAGACCGGCGCCUCUGUCCAUUGGAACACAAACUACGACAAGGCGCGCCUGUUAUUCAACAGUGUGGCAGCGGUGCAAACCGUCCGGAUGCAGCAUUCGCUGUUGUAUAAAGACGACGGCCAACAGCCUGAUAGGUCGCACACGUCCAUCAUGACACCGCGCGAUGGGAGCAGGGGAGUGCUCCGGGGCGGCGGGGACCUGGUGGUGCUGCUGCGGGGCGGUGUGCGGGCCCAGCAGCGCCGCUACUACACGUACGUGCUCAUGGAUGAUGGCAGUUGGCGCUUCAGCGAGACUGGCGCCGCAUUCUUCUCUGACAUCAUGUCUAAACACGCCAUGCAUGCGGGCUGCGCGGAAAAGGUGGUUUAUGCCGGGGAAUUCUGCCUACUGCCUGGCGAUCUGGACGCGAGCUGGUCCGUGUAUCAGGGAGCCAGCCUGGCGGCCUUGGUGACGGAGGCGGACGCCGCAGCCUCGACCAGUGCGCUGGCGGGUGUAGGAGGCGCCGAGGCGGGCAACUGGACUUUGGUGGCGGACAACAACUCGGGGACUUAUGCACCGCCCGCGGCGCUACUGCCGGCGCUGGCGGCGCUGCUACGGCACAACUUCCCCGGAUUGCGAGUGGAGGUUCUAGAACGUAAUGACGCCCGACUGGUUGCGUUGAGGUCUCGGGUACCCAGCCGUGGCGCGGGUUGA